AUGCCGCACGGAUUCUACCGCAUUGGCGUCGACGUGGGAGGCACAAACACCGAUUCGGUCAUCCUCGAUGCCAGGGCGUCCGAUGCCCCAAACCGGGGGGUCAUCGCGCUGCAGAAGACGCCCACCACCAGCCCCAAUGUCACGGAUGGCAUCGAGACGGCCGUCCGCAGCGUCUUGGAGCAGUCGAAGGUGCCCAGGGAGCAGGUUGCCUGCUUGACCAUCGGCACCACGCAUUUCAUCAACGCCAUCAUCGAACACGAUGCCCGGCGACUGUCCGCCGUCGCCGUCAUCCGCCUCUCCAAGUCGUUCACGCGCGAGGUCCCCCCGUUUGCCGACUUCCCGCCGGCCCUGAAGAAGAUCAUGAACGGCCACUGCGGGUACGUGGAUGGCGGGCUGCACAUCGACGGUUCGCAGGAAGCCCCCAUCAACGAAGCACAGGUCGUCGCCCAGUGCGCCGUGAUCCAGGAGAAGGGCAUCGGCGCGGUCGUCGUGUCCGGCGUCUUUUCGCCGAUUGACGAGCAUUUCCGCCAGGAGAAGCACGUACGGGACAUCAUCCGGCGCGAGCUUCCGGGCGUCGACGUCGUCUGCUCCUCCGAGGUGUCGCAGAUCGGAUUCCUCGAGCGAGAAAACGCUUCCAUCCUCAAUGCAUCGAUCCUCACGUUCGCCCGGAGGACCAUCCGCGGCUUCCGGGCUGCGAUGAAGCGACUGAAUCUGACAUGCGCCCUCUACCUCACCCAGAACGACGGCACUCUCAUCGAUGCCCCCGCGGCGGCCAAGCUGCCGAUCCGGACAUUCUCGUCCGGUCCGACCAACUCCAUGCGCGGAGCAGCGUAUCUGGGUCUCCAGCAAGGGCCCGCCGCCGACAACCACGAGCGGACAGCCACCAUCGUCGUGGAUAUCGGCGGAACCACGGCGGACGUGGGCGUGCUCCUCCCAUCGGGCUUCCCCCGCCAGGCGUCUGCGUACGUCACGGUCGCCGGGGUCAAGAUCAACUUUGGCAUGCCUCACAUCGAGUCCAUCGGUCUUGGUGGGGGUUCGAUUGUGCGUGUGGCCGACAACAAGGUCACGGUAGGACCGGACUCUGUCGGACAUUACCUGGACUCCAAGGCAGCGGUGUUCGGGGGGGACACUCUCACGGCGACGGAUAUCGCCGUCGCUGCGGGUGAGAAGAUUGGAAAGCCGGAACUGGUCAGCCAUCUGGAUGCCGCGAUCGUGGCCAAGGCACAGGCAAGGAUGAAGACCAUGCUCGAGGGCGUCAUCGACCAGAUGAAGACUGCUCCGGCCCCUCUUCCGGUUCUGCUCGUUGGUGGCGGGUCGGUGAUUUCUCCCACACGACUGGACGGAGUGUCCCAAGUCAUCUGUCCGCCAUUCCACUCCGUUGCCAACGCCGUGGGCGCCGCCAUCUCAAAGGUCGGCGGCACCGUCGAUGCCAUCCAGAACACGGCAGACCAGUCUGCCGCGGAGAUUGUCGAAAAGGCCAAGGCUAUGGCGGUCGAGCGCGCCGUUGCGGCUGGCGCCAUCCGCGACACAGUCUACGUUGCCGACGUCGACGCGAUCCCCCUGCAAUACGUUGCGAACCAGGUGAGAGUCAUCGCCCGAGCAGUCGGGGAACUUUCACCGCAAGGUCUCCCGUUGCAAGAUGGCUUCGUUGACGACGACAGUGAAGGCGACGAUGAAGAUCUCUACGCAGAAGGCGAAAAGCAACAGAGCACGGAAGACGAAGACCACGCGCAGUCAGCAGCGGAUAUUCUAUCCUAUCGCCCGAAGGUGGUCAAGAAUCCAAGUACGGGUGUCGACGAAUGGGUCAUCUCCGAGCUCGAUCUGGCCUGGCUAGCCGAUGGCUGCUACGUCCUGGGCUGUGCGGGAGGCGGCUCUCCAUUCAGUGAGUACAUUCGUCUACGAGACCAAGUCCGACAGGGCUACAUCAUGCGUGUCGUCGACGUGUCGUCGCUGCCGGAUGACGCCGUCAUCUACUGGGGUGGACACAUGGGAAGCCCUGCGGUGUCCGUGGAGAGACUUGCCAAUGAUGAGACGGAGCAGGCUGUCGUCGAGCUGAAGGAGUUCCUCGGGCACCAAAAGGUCGAUGCCUUCAUUGACCUUGAGAUCGGUGGUGCGAAUGGGCUCCAGGGACUGGCGAUGGGGUCGUCCAAGAACGAGAACUGUCCGACCGUCGAUGCGGAUUUCAUGGGUCGUGCAUACCCGACGUACUGGCAGACGACCCUCUGCGCCUACGAAACCGGAGCGCUGGUCCCCUGCGCCAUCACCAGCGGCGACGGAAACACCAUCUUCAUGACCAAAUCCGCCACCGACGAGAUCGUCGACCGGGCCCUCCGCGCCUCCUGCUCGGAAAUGGGCAGCCGGGUCGGCAUGGCAGCGAAACCCACCACCAAGCACGCGGUGGCCUCAUGCAGCGUCCUCAACACCAUCUCCCUCGCCUGGCGCAUCGGUCGCACCAUCGCCCUGGCCCAUGCAAACAACACCGUCAGUACCGUGGCAGAGCAGAUGGUCACCGCAUGCGGCGGACCCGAAGCCGCCAAGAUACUCUUCCGCGGCAAGAUCAUCGCCGUAGAAAGGAGGCUGUUCAAAGCCCACUCGUACGGAGAGAUCACCAUCCAGCAAGUGCGCCACGACGAGCAGGAGGACAGCGCCAGCAGGUCACCGUUUGAAUCUGCGGGCAUCACGCCCGUCGCCGUCGGCGGCGUGCUCCAGAUCCCGUUCAAGAACGAAAACAUCUACGCCAAGCAUAUCGCCGAGGACGGGACAGAGAAGUACCUGGCCACCGUUCCUGAUCUGAUUGCCGUCCUGGACUCGCAGUCCGGACGCGCGCUGGGCGUUCCUGAGUUCCGGUACGGGGUGAUGGUUACUGUGCUGGGGAUUACGUGUUCGCCUCGCUGGACGGAGAGUCCUCGCGGGUUGGAGAUUGGGGGUCCCGGGGCGUUUGGAUAUGAUUCUAUUCCGUAUGUGCCUCUGGGCAAGUAUGUGGCGCCCAAGAGUGUUGUGGAGGAGUAUGCAUGA